AUGGUAAUGAAUCUUACACUGGACGAGUUUUGUCAACAAAGGGCACGCAGAAACAAAAGAAAGAAGCAAUAUCAAGAAGUAGUUGAAAAUGAAUCCGAUGAUGAUACUGAUUCAACUAGCUACUCGAUUGAUAUAGUGAAACGUAAUAUUCUUAAGAAGAAAACAUCAACAACAACAACCACGAAUGAGCAAGUGCUGGUAGAUAAUGUUGUUGAUCCUGAUUUUCUCGGUCAAGAUAACUUCGAAGAAUAUUAUUCUUCGACGGAAAAGGAUAAUUUUAAUGAACAUGAUAAUUUCCUAUCCUCAAAAGAUGGAAAAUCACCAUUAUAUAAAGAUGCGCAUAUAAGUGUGACUGAAGCUGUUAAAUUUAUAAUGAAUUUUUGUAAUAGUUCAAAUUUCGAUAAAGCCAAGGUGUUUGCAUUGAUGCGUUUGAUCAAAUCUCUACUACCAAUACCGAAUCAACUUCCAAUAACGUUUAAUCAGGUAUUAAAAUUAUAUGGGAAAAAUCCAUCAUCUAUGACUAAGUUUUAUUGUAACCAAUGUCUUACCUUAACAACAUGCAAACGCGGUGAACAAUAUUGUACAAAUUCAACUUGUAUCUUUUCUAAUUUAAAAUUGUCACAGAGACAAUUGACAGAAAUUAUCACUACAAAUAUUAGAGAGAAACUAGAAUAUGUUAUUAAAAAAAAUAUCUCUUUCUUUACCGGAAAUAUCGAUCUUUUUCCUGAUUUUGAUGUUACAAGUGGUAGUCGUUAUACUUUUAUUACAAAAGGCAUUGUUCAUCCAAUUACACUUAAUGUAUUUGUUGAUGGUGCACCUUUAGUACGUUCAACAAAGUCAGCAAUAUGGCCUUGCUUUAGCUCAAUCAUGGAAUUACCUCCACCAAUUAGGGAACAUUAUUCUAAUAUUUUAAUACUAGGAUUAUGGGUAUCCUGCAAGAAGCCAGAUGUGGAUGUUUUUUUUUUAGAUAUCAUAAAACAAAUUACUGAUCUAGCUGAAAAUGGAACAUCAAUAUUUGUAGAUGGAAAUGAGUAUCAAAUACACGUAAAAACACUAUUUUUUGUGUCUGAUCUACCGGCGAAAUCAUUGUUUACUAAAACCAUUAACUUUAAUGGUUACUUUGCUUGUACAAACUGUAUCACAGAGGGAACGCUGCUAAAUAAACAAAUCAUUUACCCAUACAAAUAUAAUAAUUAUCAAUCAAGAAAUCAUGAAGAUUUUGUUACAAUUGCAGCAGGAGUUGAAAAAUCUAACACUAAUGCUAAAUAUCAUUCAUCAGUUAUUGGUAUUAAAGGAUUGUCAUGUUUACUAAAACUUUUUCGCUAUCCUGACGAUAUUAUACAUGAUUAUAUGCAUUUAAUCUGUCUUAACCAUGUCUCAACGUUACUGAAACGCUUUACUUGUAUAUUAACAAAAAAUGAUAUUGAUGGCAUAGAUUCAAUGUUAUCUAAUCUUCAUUUGCCGCAUGAUGCGCACGUGAAAUAUAUAUAUUCCAUUAAAUCUGUUAAUGAUUGGAAAGCGAAGGAUUCCAGAUUAUUCAUAUUAAAUGUAGGUUUACCAAUACUUAUACAACAUUUACCAGAACUGUAUUCGUCUCAUUUUUCCAUUUAUUGCAUGGCCAUCAAAAUAUUGCACUGUCCAAGAAGUUUUGAGGAGAUCGAAUUAGCCGAUACAAUGAUACAUUACUACUGUAAGAAUGCAUCGACAAUUUAUGAUCAAAAGAUCGAAUUGUACUCUUUACAUGCCCAUUUACAUUUGCCAAACCAAGUGUUAAAUCAUGGAGCAAUGGCUUUCACUUCGUCGUUUUGUUUUGAAUCGGCGAUUCGUCAUGUUAAAAAAAAGGCCCACGGAACAAAGCAUUUGGGUUCCCAAAUUUCAUUUUGGUAUGAUAUUGAAAGUAUUGUCAUCACGAAAAAAUCUGAACCACCAUCAAGGUUUUUGAUAAACGAAAUCAAGUUAAAUAGUAGUAUUUUAAAUCCUUACAAGAAAAAAUUAAAUGAAAACCUGAAUAUUCUACAACAUGAUGCGCUCAAAAUUCAAUUUUAUUUAAGAUUCAAAGACAAAUUUGUUACAUAUCACUCGGUCUUGUAUGAUAAACGAUUUUCAUGCAAUAGUUAUUUAGUAUCUUAUAACGAUCAACAUCAUCAAAUUCAAUAUGGUAACAUCAUCUUGUUUUAUUCAUUAGAAAAUCAAUAUUACUCAUUGAUACAACAAUUUCGUCGCACUAAUAUACGAAUAUCUGACGAACUGAAUAUUCCAGAGAAAUUUAAAAAUAUACUUGAUUCAUUUUAUCCAAUAUGCUCUCUAAAUGAUGAAUUUAUUAUUAUUCAAGCUGGGAAUAUCAGAAGUAAAUGCAUCUCAGUACCUUUUAAACAGUAUGAAUGCAUUAGUGAAAGGCGCAUAAAUUAUGAACACGAUUGA